CUCAGGAUGCCUCUUCCUGGCUGCCGACAUCUUCGCCAUCGCCAGCCUGGCGAACCCGGACUGGAUCAACACCGGCGAGUCCGCGGUGACUGUGACAGGAGAAGUUAUUUGCCUUUUCAUGAACCUGUUUGGAUUGUAUGCUGAAAAUACAAAAAAAAAGGAGGAUGAUACAGAGAAUGAAGAUUUAUGUACCAUCAGGUCCUAGAGCCUCUGACUGAUGGAGAUAUACACAGAUCUGAAAAGCUGGAGAUAUGGCCAAGAAGAGGAUCUGUGCAGGGUGCUCUCACAGUUGGCCUUGUGCGACAGUGUCAAACCAUCCAUGGACGUGACAGGACCUGUAUUCCUCCACGGCUGCCUCCCGAGUGGGUCACUACGUUAUUUUUCAUCAUAAUGGGAAUCAUUUCACUAACUGUCACAUGUGGUUUGCUGGUGGCUUCCCACUGGCGAAGAGAAGCUACUAAAUAUGCCCGCUGGAUAGCUUUCACUGGAAUGAUUCUAUUCUGUAUGGCAGCCCUAAUAUUUCCAAUAGGAUUUUACAUCAAUGAAGUUGGAGGUCAACCAUAUAAAUUACCCAAUAACACAGUGGUUGGGUCUUCAUAUGUACUGUUCGUCUUAUCCAUUUUCUUUACAAUAGUGGGACUUCUAUUUGCUGGCAAAGUUUGUUUACCUGGCUGAUGAAUGUCUGGACUGCAGAACUUUAUUUUGGAAAAGAGCAAGACAUCAGAAUUGCAUUCUUAGGAGGAUGCCUAAAUCAUACUAUCAAACACUGACUGAAAAGAGGAAUGCUUUGACUUGUUCUCACUAUGCACUUUGGAUGGAAAAAAGGAGAGCCUUUCCCAUAACCAAAUACAGACCACGUUGACUAAUCUCCUGAGCAUACUUCAAUGCAGUCAGGUCUGCACUGUGAUAGGAACUAAUGAAGAAUGCUUUACACUGAGAAGCAUAAUGCCCCACGUUACUGGACUGUUCCUGUUUUUAACGUCUAACAAUUUGGAAGUCAAAGUAUUUAUGAACUUUGUGGUGGACCAGAGGGUUGCGGAGGAAUUCAAGUGAGGCUGGCCUCGCUGUUUAGGAGAUUAGUGUUUUACAUCUUCCUUCUGAUGAGCAAAGCCUUUGGCACCAAUGUGGAUCAAUCUUGCAUUACUGCACCAAGAAGCCAAUAGAUCAAAACAUGUUCUCUCAAUGUAUGUAACAGCAGAAACACAUACAUCCCCUGCUCCCCCAUAAGCUCUAGGAAACACUAAGGAACAUUUUAGAGGGGGAUUUCGUCCUUAUAUUUAUAUAAAUAUAUAUAUAAAUAUAUAUAUAUUUUGCUGAUGCAGUAUACAGUGUGUGUGUAUGUGUGUGUGUGUGUAUAUACACAUAUGUAUAUAUAUGUAUAUACACACAAAUGAUUCCUGGAAAAGAACUCAGAAUGCUUUGCUAGCAAAACACUGUGGUGUGCAAAACUAGAACUCAAUAGAAAAAAGCCAUUUUUCUGAAGGCCACAUAGCUGAGAGUCUUCAGUUUACCUCAUUCUUUGUAGCAGCCCUUGAUUUUAACAGUUUUUUGUAAUAGGUACAAACGAUCCCAUGCCUUUCUAGGUGCAAUUUUAAGUUAAGCUAAAAUUCUUUUUAUGGUAAUUUAUUUGUAUAUGAGGGUAGAAGGUGAGAUCAUGUCAUACCUUAAAAUCCUAAUUUUGGGAAACUGACACUAUUUACAUUAUUAGCAACUGUUGUACAGAAAAUCUCUUUUUCUACUGCAUUGUUACAUUAGCAUUCAUACAUGUUCAAGCACAGCAUUUUACCAUAGGUAAGCAUUUCUCUAGCACAUAUAAAAUGCAAUGUUUAAAGUAAUGCAAACACUAUCCCAGUGCAAAGAUGGAUGAACUUAUUUUCAGUUGAGUAUUAAUUCAUCUUUGCCAAAAAAAUGAGCAAUAUAAUUGUUAAAAAUGUAUGCCUUGUUUACUAAAGUUAUUUUAAAUGUAGAUUUAAUGGCUACCCAAAUUUGGAGUAAAUGUUCCUUACUAAAACUAGUUUUAUUUUUCAACACAAGGAUAAAUCAUUGAAUCCACAGACAUCUUAAUUCACUACUAGGUUGGUGUUCCAGGGAAGCUGCCUGCACUAUCAGUAUUUGUUUUCCAGUUAUUACAUAGUUUACCUGAGAUUCAUUCUGAAAACAAAAAAAUUGUCUGUUUUGAGCACUGUUUCAUUGAGCUUACUCAAGGAACUGCAUUAAUGAAUAGACAGCCAUUUUUAGGAUGAGAUUUAUGUUAAAAUAAAAUCAGCAGUUUCCAAAAUAAUCAUGUACCAGAUAAGGUGGAGUGUUUAAAAAUAACACAGUUUGCACAAUUAUUUUAAACUCUGUGCCAUUCUGACCAUAGUGGGUCCCUGCCUUUCUUCCCUCUCCCCCUCCCAAGGUAUUUUAAUACAAAGAAGUUAUUUGUUGAUGUAUAUUUUCUUUUGAAAUUUUUGACCAAACUUGCUACUGGAAUGGUUUCUAGGUAAUUUUUUUUCCAGUCAGCUCAUUCACAAGUAGAAUGGAGUGUUUAUGGAUCACUAAGUUUUUCCAAAGUAUACUAACCUGUAAAUUCAGCCAAGCACUUACUUGGAAAUCAUGGUUUAAAUAUAAUUUGCUUCCAAAUUUAAGCUAAGCCUUCAUCUUAAUCCAUGUCCAUCUGCAUGGGCAGUCUGAGGCCCCUAGUGAUAAUGGUGGAGGUAAAAGGCAGGGUUCAGCUGCUUGAUAUGUGUCAAAAUUUUGGUGUUAUCACUACUGUCCUUAGAUAACGUAUUCACUAAAACUUGGAUUAUAAAUUAUGUUUUCAGAAAUGUUACACUUGUAAAUAGUUCAAGAUUUUUGUAACUGGAACACAGCUGGGGGGUGGGGAGAGUUUCUCAGCUGCUAAGAUUUUUUUCCCUUCCCACCCCUUCAACUUGCUUAUUUCAGUUAUUGUAACAUCAUGUGGAUUUAGGCUUUGAUUAAAUGGAUCAUGAUGAUAAUUAAAAACAAGCAAAACAAAAUACACUUGUCUUGGAGCUUAUCCAGACUGUGGUUGGCUGACUGGAAAUUGAUCUGAUCUGCCAGUGCUAUUGCUAUGAAUUAUUAAAUGUUAGCAAAGGUUUAACAAAUAGAUUUAUUAAAUAUUUGAACAUUUCAAGUCCAGGAAUAGAUAUGGCCAAGUGCAUUUAAAAAAACCCAAGCCAGUAAUUGAAGAGACAGCUGUCAACAGUUGCUUUUAAUAAGGUCACUAAGUACUAUAUAGUACAGUAUUAAUUUAUAGCAGAAAAUCAUAUCUUGUAAACUGUAUAUAAAACACUGUUUUAUGGUGCAAUCAUUUGUCAAACUUAUGUCUGUUACUUUUGUUUUAAAGUUGUGUGCAUUCUUUUCAUACCUAAGAGCAUCACUGUAAAAUCUGCUGAAGACUAUUUAUAGGUUUUAUUUGCACAAGGUUUUGUUUUGAACUACAGGAAGUUCAUACUGAACAUGCCUAAACAUCUGUAGACUUUUUCAGUUCAUGAGAAGCAAAUGUUUCCAUAUGAAUCUUCUCCAAAGGUAAUCCCAUAUUUGUGUUGAGUGUUUACAUAAACUUUUCUGCCAGCCAUUAUUUUUUAACUUUUUGAAGGACAGCUCAUUUCAUACAUGGCUAGAGAAUUCCAUUUAUUCUUUUGCUUCUAAAUCCUCCCAAAGGUUUGAUGCCCCAUCAUAAUGUAAUCUGUGCACACUUUAUCAUUUAUUUGGCUAACAAAAUGUAAGAUUGGGAACUGACAAUACUUUCAGAAGGAAAACCGAGUAAAUUUGUCUGUAUAAAUCUUAUCAUUGAGCUCAGCUGAAAUAAUCGCCUGGAAGCUGUUUGGCUCAGACCUGGGGAGGGUGUGCUUCCCAGAACACACCAGCCUAACCAUUUACCGUGGUUUUCCCGCUGUUAAUGCAGCUGCAGAGCGAUGCCGGUGUCCCCAAGGCACGGGCGGUGUCCCCAAGGCACGGGCAGUGUCCCCAAGGCACGGGCAGUGUGCCGCACUCCAGCCCCGGCUCUGGCUCAGCCGGGCCCUCCUGCCGUCCCUGUGUUUGCGACACUUUGUGUAACCACUCCACAACACGGCUGUAGGUUCCUGUUUGCCCCGACACACACACACACACGGGAAAAUGAAAGCUGUCCUUUAAAACCUUUGUGAAGGAUGAACAUAAUGAAGGAAAUGGUGUCUGCAGGUGGGCUGUCCUGCCUGGGCUCGAGGCCGUGCCCGCCGCCUGCGCCCCCCGGCCUUUACUGAGGGUUGUUUUCUAUUGGUUAGAGCAUUUUUUCAAUUAAUGAUUUCCGAACAAAUGUUAAUACAAACUGUAUAAAAUGAACAUAAUUUUCUUCACUUGUAUUUUUGUUAUUGAGCAAGUUUAUCAAAAUAAAUUGUCUACUAAAGCGA